AUGGUGGAGAAGCUAGGAAUUACGCCGGCAAAGGUCGUUGAAGGCGCGACGAUGGAUUUGUUGGGUAAGGAGUGUGCACGGUUGAUGGACUGCAACCAUGUGAAGUCGUUGGUUCAGGUGAUGGAGAUUCUCGCAGGUUUCAUAUUUCUAGUCAGAGAGUCAGUGAAACCCACUGAUGUAAUCAGAGCAUUACUUGAUCAACGAAGUCCGAAUUUGGGCAUUAGGUAUUUGCCGAUGCAAAACUCUGGGCAGAUGGCUCUACAGAUUAAGGAUGACAUGCUUCAUGCGGGCAUUACUCCUAAUCCAGUCACGUGGUCAUCACAGAUUAAUGCCUGUGCAAAAGCGGGUCUGGUAGACCAGACAAUUCAGUUCUUCGAGGAAAUGUUUCUGGCUGGUUGUAAACCAAAUUCAGAAUGUUACAACAUCCUCUUGCAUGCUUGUGAUGAGGCAUACCAGUUUGAUAGGGCUUUCUGUCUUUUCCAGCCUUGGAAGGACAGGAAAGUAGCAAAGACUUCAAUUGGAGACCAUGCAAUCAGAAAACAGAGCCUAGUAAGAACGGUUCGCCAGAAAGAAAAUUCUAGUCAUGCACCAGAAAAUGCAUCCAAGACACAUCACACGAGCUUUGCUAAGAGAUAUCCCUUUUCACCUACAACCACCACACAUAAUAUCUUGAUGAAAGCCUGUGGAAAUGACUACCACCGUGCAAAAGCUCUGAUGGAGGAAAUGAAGGCAGCUGGACUUACGCCUAAUCACAUAAGCUGGUCAAUAUUGAUUGAUCUAUGUGGAGGCUCAGGGAAUCUCUUGAAAAUGAUGCGUGCUGCCAAAAUUCAACCUGAUGUGAUUGCCUAUGCAACAGCUAUUAAGACUUUGAUGCAUCAGAUUCCACAGGUUUGCGUGGAUGGUAGACAGCUAAAGCUGGCAUUCUCUUUAUAUGAAGAGAUUAAAAGUUGUCUCUGUAUUCUCCUCACCAAAGCGUGGAAUAAUUUUGGAGAGGUUGAGGCCCGGAUAGUCGUUCUAGCCGUCCUGUGA